GCCUUGCACCUAUGUUUCUGCUUGAUACUUUUCAACUUCUUCAAUGGCAUUUGUGUUUUGAAAUUUGUGAAUCGUGUUGAAAACUUGAAAAUGGCGGACAAAGAUGAGACCGGAGAGCCAACUAUCGCUCAAGACUUGGUUGUUACCAAGUAUAAAAUGGCCGCAGAAAUGGUUAAUAGAGUAUUAAACCUAUUAAUAGAAAAAUGUCACCCCGGUGCCAGUGUUAUUUCAAUCUGCGAAGCUGGAGAUCAAUUGCUUAUUGAAGAAACUGGGAAAGUUUUCAAGAAGGAGAAAGAAAUGAAAAAAGGAAUUGCUUUCCCCACAUGUGUUUCCGUGAAUAAUUGUAUAUGCCAUUUUUCACCUCUGAAGAGUGAGCCUGAUUAUAUAUUAGCUGAUGGAGAUAUGGUUAAAUUAGAUUUGGGUGCUCAUAUCGAUGGUUUUAUUGCUGUUGUUGCGCACACUAUUGUCGUCGGAGCCUCAAAGGACAAUAAAGUGACUGGAAGAAAAGCUGAUGUACUACAUGCUGCUUAUUAUGCAGCUGAAGCUGCUUUAAGGCUAGUGAAGCCUGGUGGUGAUAAUAAUUCUGUUACGGACACUAUUCAAAAAGUUGCUGAAUCGUAUAAGUGUAAACCAGUUGAAGGCAUGCUUUCACAUCAAUUAAAACAAUUUAGGAUAGAUGGCGAAAAAUCAAUUAUUCAAAACCCCACAGAAGCUCAAAGGAAAGAACAUGAAAAAUGUGAGUUUGAGUUACAUGAGGUCUAUGCUGUAGAUGUUCUUGUAAGCACAGGAGAAGGAAAGGGUCGAGAAAUGGAUACUAGGACGACUGUUUUUAAAAAAACUGAUGAAGUUUAUCAACUUAAAAUGAAAGCCUCUCGGGCUUUCUUUAGUGAGGUUGAAAAGAAAUUUGGAAAUAUGCCAUUCACUGUAAGAUCAUUUGAAGAUGAGAAAAAGGCAAGGAUGGGUGUUGUAGAGUGUGUAAAUCAUAAACUUGUGGAACCAUUUACUGUAUUAUAUGAAAAAGAUGCUGAAUAUGUUGCACAGUUUAAGUUCACGGUGUUACUUAUGCCUUCGGGAUCUCACAAAAUUACUUCUGGUCCAAUAGAUUUAGAUAUUUAUGAAACUACUCAUGAAGUAGAAGACGAUUCACUGAAAAUGCUUUUAAAUCGAUCGGUAGCUCCUAAGUCACAGAAAAAGAAGAAAAAGAAAGCUGAAAAAGCCGUCGCAAAUUCUGUUGAAAAGGAUGGGAAAGUGAAUGAUGUAAAACCUGCAGCUGUAGAUACUGUAAAAGUACAAGAAUGAAAAGGUGUGAACUGGGAAAGGGGUCGAGCUUGUUCAAGUUCCUGGAUUCAAGAGUGGCACCAACUUUCAUGACAUUGUUUAGCUUUGUACAAAAGCAAUUUGUAGCCAUACUUUUUGUAUCCAUUCUGAGACUAUGAAUGAGUUUUAAAUGCAUUUCAUAAUCCCAUGGAUGGUAUUUUUAUAUUGUUUUUAAAAAAAAAUGAAAGGUGUCAUCAAUAUUCAUACUUAUAGGCAGAGACUGUUUAAAAUUUUUUCCCCUUUUUGUAAUUAUUAUUUUUUUCUUUGUCAAACUAAGUGAUAAACCAACAGCAGUCUUAUAGUGAGAAUCAAAUCAUAUGUAGUUGGUGCCAAUUGUAUUUAGGAGCAAUGUUUGCAUGUAAUAAAUGAAAUCCCUUUUUUUUUU